GCAAAACAAUAAUUAUUGAAGUACAGAAUUUCAAUAUAAAUUUCUUUCAUACACUUGUCCUUGACAAUAUAUUUGUAAUAAACAAAAUAAGAGCAAAGACCCAAAUUAUUCAGAGUUUUAUCCGAAAAUUCUACAAUUAAUGUUACGAGAAAGAUAUGAAAUUGAACUUUUUUAUAAUAAUUUUGUUUUUCAAUUUAAGCUUUGGGAACUUUAGUAAAGUCUACCGACUGCAAGACAAUGAGGUGUGUGCGAAAAAGAGAUUGAAACAAACUUUUGAUUUUUUUACCAACGGGCCAGAAAUAAAACUUGGACGUGAUAGGGAUUCGGUUGCUAUCAUAUCACAAAUUUGGAAUUCAAGUACCAUGCAAUCAUUUAAUAUGAUGUGCACAUUUAACGUAAAAGUUCAUAAGGAUUAUACUGGAAUAUAUGCUGCAAUUACUAAAUUGAAAUUUAGAUCAGAUAUUUCUAACUCUUCAAGGAACUGUAUAGAUUACGUUGAAUUUUCGAAAGGCAAUAAAAAUUUAAGUAGAAGAAUUUGCGAUGAAGUUGGAAUUAAUGGUCACACUGAAAGAUUAAUAUUUGAUGAUAGAGAAAAAGAAAUGAAAAUCAAAAUAUCAGUUAAUGAUAAAUAUGUUGUAAGAGAACCAUUGGAAUUAGUUAUUGUGUUGACAUCUCAUGGAAAAUGUAAAAACGUAAAAGAUGAGUAUCAGUGUGAUCAGAGAGACGUGAAUUCAUGCAUAUCUAGUUUUUUUGUUGGAGAUAAUAUACCGAAUUGUAUGAAUAAUUGCUCUGAUGAAGCAAGUUGUUUUAUGAGUGAACAUGUCCGUAAAACUUUUGCCGAAAAAGUUGAUUAUUCCAAUAUAGCCAUCAGUGCAAUAACUUCUUUAAUAUUUACAAUGUUUGCUGUGGGAGCUGUUUUAUAUACUUGUUGGAAGUACUGGUUUUUCUGUCAAACGAGAUCCCCUUCGCCAAGCCCCGAAAACGAGCUACCUGUAAUAGAAUUACCACAGUCCUCAUUUAACUCGGUUAUUGUCAGUGAAGAAAUUCAAGAGAGACCGCCUUCACCUAAAGAUCUACCACCAAGCUAUGAAUCUUUGUUUCCUGAUAGAUGAGUAUAUAGAUUACAAAAAUGUUUUAAACGUGGUAGCCUAAUAUUAAGUUGUUGCUUAUAAAAUAUUUAAAAAAGCGGUUCAGACUGAUGUUUUUUCCUUUUUUUAUUUGAAAGACGAAGUUUAUGAAUGAAAAAUUAAAAUAUUUCUUACUAAAUAAGUGUUACUAAAGUGUUAAGAUAAAAUUGCGAUAUAUCUACUGUAAAAAAAUAAAGUAACUCAAUAUUUUGUGUAUAUACUUGAAUGUAAAUAAUUAUCUAAAAAUUAUGUUUUUAUUUAAAUUACGUAUUAAUUGUUCGUGAUGUAACAUUAUAUUAAUAAGUAGGGCGUUUUAUUUUAGUUGUUAUUCAAAUUUUCUUUAUUUGGCAUUAUGAAAGCGCCUUUCAAGUUCAUUUUAAAUUUGCAAUAAAAAAUACUAUUAACUCAAACAAGCGCUUAAAAUUCCGUUUUACAUAACACAAAAGUAGAAUUUAAAAAGUUUUACUCAACUAUAAUAUAAAUUUUCUUAUACAGUAAUUCUUUUCAAAUAAGAAAUUAUUGUAUAUUACUUCCAAUAAGCUUAUUUUUAUAAGCUUAUUGUAAGUCACUUUCUGAUAUCACAUCCGCCUGGGUUCAAUCAACGCGUUUUAAUUGUUGAUUACAUCCUCUGCUUUUUAUGGAGUAUGUAGGUACAUAUUCUAUAAAAACUUGCGAAACUAAAUUAAUUAAAUGUCACAAAAGGUAUAACUAUAAUAAGUAAAUAAAAUUCUGAAAUGAAUACUUGUCUAGUAAAUAUAAUGUACUUUUUCUUUUUAAACCGGUAGUUUCCGCUAUUUAAUAUGUACCGAUUUAUAAUUUCAAAAUUCUAUCACAAGAAAGGUAGCUGUUUAACAGUAAAGUAAUACUUGUAAGCUAUUAAAGUAUGUAUUUUUAUUUUUUAUUUUAAUUGAGUACUUAAUUUAUUUAAAAUAAUAAAUAAGAUAGUUAUGGUAAGUUUUUAAAAUUAUGUAGAUUUAACUUUUGUAAAUUUUGCAAUAUCCAUAAAG